GACACUGACCCUAAAAUAUAGACGUAUUUACGUCAAAAAACAAGAAUAAUGGCACAAGUUUCAAUAGCUCAUCAGCUGGCCUAUAGCUGCAAACUAACAUCUUAAAAAAUAUAUAAUGUUGAAAAAAUGUUGGAAACGGCCUCGGACUUUGAGUUUUAAUAAAUAUGAAACUUCUUAUAAAAAUUCACGGCACGUUGAAACCCUGAUUUAGACUACAUGACGUACAGGCUGCGUCUCAUCAUCAGAAACGUAGUUCUGAUAUAACCAAACGUUUCUCGUGGAUUGAACUGUGACUCAUACAUAUCAGAUUUGCAUAUUCUGCGUUAGUGGUUAAAAGUCACGACCCGAUUUUAAGCCACUUGAUUAUUAAUAACAGGUUCUUUGAAGUCCUUAUGUAAAGACAUAGUUGUGCGCCUUGUAAUUCGUUCCACGUGGGGAUAGGUUUUGUUGUACAUUUUAGUAAUCCGUGUGAAGGCCGUGAAAGCUGGCCGAAGUUUUAACAGGACAUCAAUUCAGUUGUUAGUGACUUUCCUAACCGAACGGACGCAGACACUGUGCUUCAAGUGCGCGAUAUGGAUCCGAACAUCACGGACAGCACAAACCAACUCGUUCUUUCGGUCAUUGGAAUAGAAGAUGUCCACUCGAAGGAAAACCUCUCCAGCCCUGGCAUCAAUCAGCAUGAGGACAGAAAGGAGGCACUCAUCACGUAUGGCAUUGACGACAUACCACCUUGGUAUCUCUGCAUCUUCAUGGCGCUCCAGCACUACUUGACAAUGAUAGGCGCCAUAGUGUCCAUUCCAUUCAUCCUGACUCCUGCGCUCUGCAUGAAAGACGACGACCCAGCUCGAGGCCAUAUCAUAUGCACUAUGAUCUUCGUGACAGGCAUUGUAACCUGGGUGCAGUCCACCUUCGGCUGCCGGUUGCCUAUUGUGCAAGGGGGCACAAUUUCCUUUCUUGUCCCUACUUUGGCCAUUCUCAAUUUGCCUCAGUGGCGCUGCCCCGACCCAGCAGUGCUGGAAGCAAUGUCUCCCGAGAACAGAACCGAGUUGUGGCAGAUUCGAAUGAGGGAGCUUUCUGGUGCCAUAGCAGUGUCUGCCAUUCUCCUGGCUGCUAUCGGGUACUUGGGUAUUGUCGGAAUGCUGCUGAGAUACGUAACACCUCUCACCAUUGUGCCCACAGUCUCGUUAGUAGGACUGUCUCUAUUUGAAAAUGCCGCAGAAGCAGCGUCACAGCAUUGGGGUAUAGCUGUGGGCACCAUCCUGAUACUGACCGUAUUCUCACAGUGCUUAGCUGGGGUGACAGUACCAUUUCCAGGGUAUAAACGUGGCAGGGGUUUUACCAUAAUCUGGUUCCAUCUCUUCAAACUUUUUCCUGUGCUGCUAACCAUCAUGAUAAUGUGGGGAAUUUGUGGCCUGUUAACCUUGUCUGGGAACCUUCCAGAGGGGCACCCGGCCAGGACAGACGUCAAACUGCGGAUCAUCGAGGACUCGCCUUGGUUUCGCUUCCCCUAUCCUGGGCAAUGGGGUGUGCCGACUGUCACGGCAGCAGGUGUGCUAGGGAUGCUUGCAGGUGUCCUGGCUUGCACUGUGGAGUCUAUCAGUUACUAUCCCACUACAGCAAGGAUGUGUGGAGCACCCCCACCACCUGUACAUGCCAUCAACAGGGGCAUUGCUACUGAAGGGUUAGGCACUAUCUUAGCAGGACUAUGGGGUAGUGGAAAUGGCACUAACACUUUUGGAGAGAAUGUUGGUGCAAUUGGAGUCACAAAGAUUGGCAGUCGGCGAGUGAUCCAGUAUGCUGCUGUUUUAAUGAUAAUCCAGGGUCUGAUCAGCAAGUUUGGUGCAGUUUUCAUUAUCAUACCACAGCCUGUUGUGGGUGGAAUGUUCUGUGUCAUGUUUGGCAUGAUUGCAGCUUUUGGCCUAUCAGCUCUACAGUAUGUGGACCUAAAUUCAGCACGCAAUCUCUAUAUCAUCGGAUUAUCCAUUUUCUUCCCUCUGGUGCUUCCUAAAUGGAUGGUGUCUCACCCUCAUGUAAUUCAGACUGGUAGUGAAAUUGCUGACAGCAUUAUCACUGUCCUACUCAGCACAAGUAUCCUUGUAGGAGGGAUCAUUGGUUGCUUGUGUGACAACCUCAUACCAGGUGACCUUGAAGAACGUGGCCUUAUUGCUUGGCAUAACCAGAUGAAGUUAGAACCUGAAGAAGCAGGUGACACAACAAGCACAUAUGACUUUCCUGUUGGGAUGGAACUGGUCAGAAGAUGCAAAUUUUUCUCCUACCUACCCUUCAUGCCUACCUACAAACCAAGGAAAUGGCACACAUGUGUUAUGAAGAAAGGACAUCGCUGCAAGGGGCCUGCAUACUGCCACUUGCCAGCUGACCACAGCACUAUACAACUGGUAUCCACUUCAGAUAGCAGAUCCAUCCUCCAGUGCAACAUCAUGGAUCCAGGAAUUACAAGCAGCAGAAACGAUCUUGUGCUCACGGUGUUGGGGUCAGAUGAAAGCAAUCUGGCAAAUGUAAAUACUAACACCUUUAAAAAUGAAGAAGAGGAAAAACAGAUGCAGUCAGACGUCAAAUAUGGCAUCGAUGAUGUUCCGCCUUGGUAUCUAUGCAUCUUAAUGGGGCUCCAGAACUACUUCACGAUGAUAGGUUCCAUUAUGACUAUCCCAUUCAUCCUGACACCUGCACUCUGCAUGCGUCACGAUGACCCAGCUCAAAGUAACAUUAUAUGCACCACAAUCUUCGUAACUGGCAUUGUGACCUGGGUGCAGUCCACCUUCGGCUGCAGGUUACCAAUUGUGCAAGGGGGCACCAUAUCACUUCUAGUUCCAGUACUGGCCAUUCUAAACAUGCCAGAAUGGAAAUGCCCAGAACCAGAAAUUCUUGAAGGAAUGUCAUUUGAGAACAGAACUGAGUUAUGGCAAACUCGAAUGCGGGUACUGUCAGGAGCCAUAUCUGUAGCGGCCAUUAUACAGGUUAUCAUUGGCUUAUUUGGUAUUGUUGGAGUAUUGGUGAGGUAUGUAACACCUCUGACCAUCGUCCCUACAGUCUCUCUAAUUGGACUCUCCUUUUUUGAAAGUGCAGCUAAUGCAGCAAUGCAGCACUGGGGAAUCGCUGCAGGGACAGUCUUGAUGCUGACUAUAUUCUCACAGGUUUUAAAAGAAGUGAAUGUGCCAUUCCUGACUUACAAAUAUGAUCAGGGUUUCAGAAUAAUAUGGUUCCAAUUCUUCAAACUAUUUCCGGUGAUGCUGACUAUCAUGGCAAUGUGGGGCAUAUGUGGCAUACUGACUCUGACUGAAUAUCUUCCAGACAAACAUCCAGCCAGGACAGAUUUCAAACUAAAGAUUAUUAAGGAUUCACCUUGGUUCCGAAUCCCAUAUCCAGGGCAGUGGGGUGCACCAAAAAUAACUCCAUCAGGUGUGUUGGGAAUGAUUGCAGGUGUCAUAGCAUGCACUGUGCAGUCAAUCAGUUUCUACCCCACCACAGCUCAAUUAUGUGCUGCACCCCCUCCCCGAGUCCACACCAUCAACCGAGGUAUUGCUAUUGAGGGGCUUGGUACCAUUGUAGCAGGACUCUUUGGCACUGGGAAUGGUACAAAUACGUUUGGAGAAAAUGUGGCUGCAAUUGGUGUUACCAAGAUUGGAAGUCGGCGAGUGAUCCAGUGUGCGGCUAUGCUCAUGCUGAUUGUAGGGCUCUUCACCAAAUUUGGCGCAGUUUUUGUCAUAAUUCCACAGCCCAUUGUUGGAGGCAUGUUCUGUGUCAUGUUUGGUAUAAUUGUUGCUUUUGGCUUAUCAGCUCUGCAGUAUGUGAACUUAAACUCAGCAAGGAAUCUCUAUAUUGUUGGUUUCUCAGUCUUCUUCUCAAUGGUGUUGACCAGGUGGGUGAAAGCACACCCAAAUGUAAUUCAGACUGGCAAUGACAUAGUAGAUAACACCAUCACAGUCCUACUUAGUACAAGCAUACUAAUAGGAGGAAUCAUAGGUUGUGUCUUCGAUCAUAUCAUACCAGGUACACCAAAGGACCGUGGCCUGAUUGCCUGGAGAGAACAGAUGAAGCUGGUAUCUAAUAAAGAAACAGAUGACUUACCCAACACUUAUGACUUCCCUGUGGGCAUGAAAUUCCUUAGAAGACACAACAUCUUCUCCCAUCUACCAUUCAUGCCAACAUAUAAGCCAUGAAUAUGACAGCACUUGUGUACAGAGAAGACACCCUAACACACAGACUGAAAGUCCUGUUUGGAGUCCUUUGUAGAGCUAAUAAUGAAUAUACUUCUCAUAUCAACAACUAAAGAAAGAAGAGCAGAAUAUAAAUACCACUGAAUGCGUACUUGAUUCCUGGUACAGACCAAGUGGAAUAUUUAUACACACAAACAUGCUAAAGGAAGAUUUUUCACUUCUAUCAGUUACUCUGGUUUUUAUCAUCAUAUUCUCUGCCCUCGAUAAAAUAUUCUCUGGCAACAAGCCAUGUCAGUUGAUGUGACAUCAUUCCUUGAAUGAUCGAGGCACAGAUCAUCUCUGAAACAUCAGACUUUUUUCCACAACUAACACAGCUUGUGCCUGAGAAUAUUUCAUUGCAUUCAGUCGCCAUGAACGCUUCAAGUCUCAUAUAUUCUGUGUCACUCACUUAUUUGUGGUUUACUUAAUGAUGGUACCAGCAGUUCCCACUAUAUAGCACUGAAUGACAAGAUUAUUAAAUAAUGAAUUGGAAAGGACAUGGAAAGAAGUGGCCAUGGAAAACCACAAAAUCCUCAGUGAGGAUAACCAAGUCUCUAGGCUGAAAAUAAACCUGGGACCACCAGAAUACAAAGAUAGAGUGCUGAAUAUUUGACCACUGUUAUAGUAUACAUAACAUAAGUGAUCAGUUCAUAACGAAAGCAUAACCUAUCAGUCCAACCACAAAUCAGAGCAAUGUGUAAAUGCUAGAAGAGUUGUGAGAUUUGAGGCUGUCAUGGGGCUGUAGAUAACAAUGUUGUUCUCAGUUAUGAUUUUAGAGAUGGAGAUCAAAUUUUUCUCCAAAACAUUGGUUUCUAAAAGAGUUAACAUAGUGUCACAGUCUAUAACAUCACUGCUAGAAUACUUUAUUUAACACUUGUAAGGUUCUGCAACAUAAACCCCCAACUAUCAUUUCAUUAACCUAAACCACUGAGAUCUGAGGUUCUCAAAGAAGAUGGCAUGAAUUUUGGGCUCCUUGGUUUCGAUGCUGUAUAGCCUUGUAGGUGGUUACCAAUGUUUCAGAGAAGCAUUAACCACCAAAAAUCACUGCUGCAUAUAAUACAGCAGAACUAACUAAAUAGUUAAUAUAUCUAUGGAGAAGAUUCCCAAUUGUGAACUUAACUUAAUUAUAUUUGAUGAUGAGCCUCAAUUUGAGAUUUAACAGUAACAGUUUUCAUCAUUGUUCUUUACACUUAAUUUUGUGCUUAAGUAUUUUAUAGAAGUAGUAUAAUUGAUAAGGUAAACCCAAGAAGCCAUUGGACAUCAGGGGAUAAAGGUGUUUUGGGCAUGAAGCUACAUGUAAUUUAGAGACCAAGAAUCUAUGGAGUUCUAUUACCCUGCCUUUCUGUCACUGUCAUUACAGGCACUAUUUUAAAUUUUAGCCCUAUAGGAUUGUUUAUUUUAUAGUAUAGUUAUGAUUUUACACAUCUUUUCAUUCUUCAUAAAGUGACAGCUAAAGGCCCAAACUAAAAUCACUUUUCAAGAGAUACAAGCAUAAAGCACUUAUGUACUAGAAGAAAAUGUUAAACUGAAAAUGUUAAUUAUUCUAUACCUGAGGUGAACUCAAGAAUGCAACAUUGCGUUUAGCGUUAAGUAGGCAAAAUGUAUGAGCAUGGGGCACAUGUUCCGAUACUCCCUCAUCUUCAGUAUGUCUAGUGUUUAUGUAACAAAGAGACUGAAUUCAUUUUCAGUGCUACUCAAGUAAUAAUAUGUAAAAUAUUGAUAAAAAUGUUACAUAAUUAUAUUAAUUUGGCUUUUGGGUAUAAUGAACAAUUUUACAGAAAUAUUGUAAAAGAUUAUACUGAAGGUUUACGUAUAUCUUCCCAAUUCACGUAUCAUAAAUUCAUAAGUUAUUUAAUAAUGUUGUAUCAGCAAAAAAGAUGAUAUGGCAUUAAAUAAAUUUAAGGUUACAUAAGUUUAUCUGGAAAAAAUGAGAGGAAACUUGGACUAUGGGAUUUUAUAUACCUAAUUAAUUUAAAAUAUUCGGGAAUAUAAGAUGAGCAAAAACUUUUCCUAACAAACUAUGAUUUUUAUUAUGUACGCAAUUACAAAUUUAACUUCUUAUACCUUUAAUGCAUAGUGUCCAUCACAUUCCUCUUGACUUCUGCACUCUGUAUGAAAAAUGAUGACCUAGCAUGAAUUUGUAUCUUCAUGGUGAGAUUAUGACCUGAUGCAGACCACCUUCAGUUUCCAGUGUGCUUAAAAGCAAAAAUAAGAUAAUUAAAUUAAUACAAGGUACAGUGUGUUAAAAUAUUCCUCAGAUGGGGCCACUCAGUUGUCAUAAAAAUCUCAAAAGAGGGACCAUAUUAUGCUUCUACAGUGGCAGAACAUAUCACAUGCUAAUGUAUUUAUUCUUACCAAUAAGUAAUAAUAUACACUGUAAUAAAUGGGAUCCAGUUUAUUCAUUAGAAUUUUAUAUUAUAUUACUUUUAUAAUGACAUUUAUAAUUAUCUAUGUUCAACCCAGUGAACAAGUACUUUUUGAACCUAGACACACAGUGAGCAUCAGAAAACAGGGUAUGAUGUAUUUAAAUUUGUUCAUGUUAUCCAGAUACAAACGAUGCUUUUAUUAUGUGGGAAAUAAGUAGAAUCUCCCUUGAGUAAAUACACAACAGGUAUUUCAAGAGGAAGGAUUUUAAAUAAAUAACUCAUUCUUCCUCAAAAGAGACCUAAGUUGCAACUUCCCUUCUUAUCCUUAUGUUGGUUUUAAUACAGAACGUAAAUAUGAUACUAAAAGUUAUUAAAACAAUGACCUAACACAUACAGGAAAUUAAAGCACAAAUUAAGUUUUAUUUUCAAUUACAGACCAAACACUAGGAUAACUUCUAUGUGCAGGUAUGUGUAAUAUGUACAAAGAUUUAUUAAUUUAUUUAAUGUUGUAAAUAAGUACACAAUACAUGCUAUGCUGAAAAUAAAGAAUAAGAAGCAGGAG